CAGCAGUGGAGCAACUCUCGCUGACAGUUUGUGCUUACUUUUGGCUUUUCUAGCAAAGCAUAAACCAUGUCUGAGACCGCUCCCGCAGCUCCUGCUGCUCCUGCACCUGUGGAGAAAACACCUGUGAAGAAGAAGGCGAAGAAGACUGGCGCUGCAGCAGGGAAGCGCAAGGCGUCCGGGCCCCCGGUGUCCGAGCUCAUCACCAAGGCUGUGGCCGCCUCUAAGGAGCGCAGUGGCGUGUCCCUGGCCGCGCUCAAGAAGGCUCUGGCCGCUGCCGGCUACGAUGGCCUGGUGAGCAAGGGCACCCUGGUGCAGACCAAGGGCACCGGCGCCUCCGGUUCCUUCAAGCUCAACAAGAAGGCGGCUUCCGGCGAGGCCAAGCCCAAAGCCAAGAAGGCAGGCGCGGCCAAGGCUAAGAAGCCCGCGGGCGCAAAGAAGCCCAAGAAGGCGACUGGUGCUGCCACACCCAAGAAAGCCGCCAAGAAGACCCCGAAGAAAGCGAAGAAGCCCGCGGCUGCCGCAGGCGCCAAGAAAGUUGCCAAGAGUCCGAAAAAGGUGAAGGCAGCGAAGCCCAAGAAGACAGCCAAGAGUCCAGCGAAGGCCAAAUCCCCGAAGCCUAAGGCUGCUAAGCCCAAGGCGACCAAGCCUAAGGCCGCCAAGGCAAAGAAGGCCGCUCCCCGCAAGAAGUAAGCUGGCGCGUCCUCCUUUGAAAAAUCUUAAACGGCUCUUUUCAGAGCCACCCACAGGUCUCAUUCAA